AUGGCCCUUUUAUAUAGAGGUUUGUGUAGCCACCCCUCCCCCACCUCCUCACAAACGUCACCAUCGGUAGGUGUCGGUAAAAUCCAGAAGACUCAUCACCAUUUUGGUCUGCUGCUGCUGUUGCUUCUUGUUCCUUCCCGCCCUGACACGGAGGUGAAGAUCGACCGUCAAGAUUCUAGAGGAAGUGAAGCUCAUAAGCAAAGUGGAUGUGGAGAAACGCAUAGUCACCAACUUUGCCAAGAUGUCCCAAAAAUUGUUGACAAGGCUCCUAAAAGUGCCCUCAAGGACAAGUGUUUGGUUGGGCUUGAUGCCUCAGAGACAGAGGAGGAAAGAAGAGGUCAGAUUGUCAACGCUGCAGUGCUUCUACUACCUUCCGUCUUCAAAGAGGACCCACAGCAGCUAUUUGUCAUUGACAAGGAUCCAGUGUUUCCAACACCAACUGUUGUCCUGACAGACUGCAGGGACGAAGACCCACUGCAGAGUGAGGCCAUCACUGUGAAGAUGGAUAAUGAAGAGAUACUCCUCGAUGAUGGCAGUGUGGACAUCUCCCUUGCCCUGGCUGCUACUUUUUCUCUUUACCACAUCUUCCAAGUUCAGUAUCCCAAAAACUUGAGAAAGACUGUUUCCUUUCUGGAAACUUUUGUUUUCAAAAUGAAGCGUUCUGUUCCAAUUGCUGUGCAAAGGUUUUACAAUUCACUGUAAAAAGCAAGCCUGGCACUUUCUGUUAUGGUUUUCCAUUUGUUCUGUUGGUGUGAUUUUGCAAAUGUGUUCAACUCGAGUUGCUCUUUACCGCCACUAUUUUUCCAGCAUUAUAAAAAACAUUUCAGCACUUUAUAAUACCUUUUUGCCUUGCAUAGGAUUAUAUUAUGUCUGCUUGUUUACACUGUUUGUUCGCAGUGCAUGGCCCAUCAAGUGACUACAUCACAAGACAUUUAAGAUGGCGCCUGUAAACUUGCGUGACAGAGCUUUCUUGCUUGAGAAGUUACAACUACUUUCCUGAAGCAAAUAAAUUGACUGCAUAUUGGAA